AUGAAUCGAUCUUUUGAAAAAAUUAACCGACUGAAUCGCUCAGAUAACUUACAUGUGUAUAAUGCAUUCAAAUAUACCUACUGUUAUUUGAAUAUGAUAGCAAUUUGGCCACUGUUAUUUAAAAAUUACAAUUUUAAAACAAUAUUUACGAUUAUCCACGUAUCUGUUAUUAUUAUUUCGCUUGUAUGGCAAAUAGUUUUUAGAUCUUGCCAUGUAUAUUUUUAUGCGAUCGACUUAGACGAUCAAGUUACAUUUCUGGGUCCUAUGAUAUUCAUUUUGGUGUCGUUACUUAAAUAUCUAGCAAUUAUUUAUCGCAGUAAUUAUAUUUUUCAAUCUAUCGAACAUGUAUAUACUGAUUGGAGUGUGACACAGUGCCAAGAAGAACAAGACAUUAUGAUAACGAAGACUGAAAUGAAUAGAAAAAUAACUAUAAUAUUUUCUGUACUCAUGUAUGCCAGUGGAUUAUUUUAUAAUUUUAUAAUGCCUCAUUUAAUACCACUUUUAUUUGAAAGUGAUCACCAAAAUACUUCUGAACGGCUAAUCAUUUUUCCUGGUUACAAUGUUAUUAAAAUAUUUGAUUCAUCUCCGUUGUAUGAAAUAACAUACUUUUUCCAUAUUAUCGCGAUAUUUUUUUGUUUCACAGUUCUCGUGAGCACAUGCAAUUUAAUUUUAUUUUUAUUAACUCAUACGGAUGGCCAGAUUGAUAUAGUUACAGUCCAACUUAAUACACUAAUAAAUGAUGUGAAUAAAGUGAAAUUUUCACACUCAAAGAUGACAAAUAUAGUAAAAAAUCAUGUCAGAAUCCUUCAAUUUUCCGAUGAAAUUCUCAACAAAAUUUUAUCUGAAAUUUGUAUAGUGGAGAUUGGUGCAACUACUAUACUUCUCUGUGUUGCUGAAUUUUGUUCUUUGAGAUUUUUAGGAAAGCAAGAUUUUACAAAUACCAUACCAUAUAUUAUGUUGUUCCUUGGUUUAAGUUUAAAUAUGUUGAUAUUAUGUUACUUCAGUGAAAUUCUAAAUUCUCAGUUCAUUGGAAUUGGCACACAGCUUUACAUGACCCACUGGGACAGGAUUCCUCUAAACGCAAGGAAAUAUUUAAUCCUAAUAAUAAAUAUGUCUCAGCGAACUAAAAAAAUUAGCGCUGGUGGUGUUAUUGACCUGUCGUACAUGACUUAUUUACAGAUUAUUAAAACCGGAUUUGCUUACUUACAAAUUUUAAGAGCUUCAGACAUG